CUGUAAAACUCAUGAAAGGUGACUGAACAGUACGUUAACUAUUAAUCAUUGAUUGCAUAAUUUGUUUGCUCCUUUGAAGGUGGUGGUGGUUUCUUUGGCCUUGAGGAAGAGGAAGCAAGAAAUAAGGUAAUGGAUGAGAACAUCCAUAUCCAUACGUGGCCCUGUUCCUAUUACCUCAACUCCGAGAAGCAGUGGGUUCCUGGCAAACUCUUGCUGACACCUGUUUCAGUAAGGUUUACAGCUGACAAAUCUGGAGAACUCCUGGCCAGCUUCCAUCUUUCCAGCAUCAGCGAGAUCAAGAAAGAAUCUUCCACCUUCAUUUUUAGUUCCCUCACUCUUUUGGAGAACAAUACCAAGCACUGGUUCAGUUCCCUUCAGCCUAAUCGAAAUGUGGUCUUCAAUGUUCUUGAACAUUUUUGGAGAGAACAGCUGCUGUCAUCUGAUGGGGCUGGGGCACAGACAGCUUGUCCCCAGACAUCCAAGGGCAAGGAGUUAACCGGUUUGUUGAUGGGAUCUCAGAAGCGCCUGGAAGAUACUGCGAAGGUGCUUGAGCACCAGGGUGAACAGUUUGAUAACAUCAUGAAGGGGCUGGACAAGAUUGAAUCAGAGAUGGAUGUGGCAGACAGGUUAUUGUCAGAACUUGAAUCUCCAUCUUGGUGGCCUUUUGGUGGAAAACUACCCAAGGUAGUGUCUGAAGGAGGAAAGGUGAAGGAGAACCCCAUGGGUUCAGGUUCUAAAGGCAAGGAUGGAGUGAUAGUGCAAAUCCCAGUUAUCAUCACCGAAAGGACAGAUUCUAAUGUCAAACCAGGCAGCCUCAUGCUCUCAGUUUCUGGCCUGAAGAUCAGCGACUCCAAGUCUCAGCUGCUACACUGGUUUGACAAGAGGGAUGUUGAUGACGUGAAAGUUCACACACCCUAUGAAAUCUCUAUCCGCCAGAGGUUCAUUGGGAAGCCAGACAUCUGCUAUCGGCUGCUGUCGGCAAAGAUGCCAGAAGCCAUCCCCUUCCUGGAGAUGCAGUUCAGCAAGAAGAUUCAGUUCCUGGAGGAUGCUUUGGGGCUGGCGCAGGCUAGGAGGACUCCUCAAGAGGAGUUUGGGGGUUCCAUUUGGCAAGCAGCUACUGGACUGGUUGGAAGCAUAGUGCAAGCUGGAUCAACACCCUCCUCCUCUCAAGGAACUGGAGGCAACCAGCAGGCUCAGAUACAGAAGGAAAAACAGGUUGUUUCAGAGAGUGAAACACAGGAACUCAGGCAGAUCCUUCGGAGACUCAAGUGUCUGGCCUUGGAAACAGAAACGGAGCUGGAACGUCAGGAUGAAAGCCUGGAUGUCAUUACUUCUUCUGUGGAUCGAGCCACCAUGAACAUUGACAGGCAGAACCGCAGAAUCAGGAAACUAACCUAGGACCCGCAGGAGGUCUUUUGCAGCUGUAAAGUGGAGGUGCCUGUUCAUCUGGGCCACAUACUGGGAACGUCCUUUGUGUUGGCUGGUGUCAAAUUUUCAAAGGGGGCUUGCGUUAGCAAAGCAAGAAAAUCAUGGACAAGGAAGGUGGUUCUGAUCAUGUAUUAUUAAAUGAAGGGAAUGUCCUGUAAGUUGCAAAGGAAGAAGAAACCUUUCUGCUGUUCUCCAACUGAUCUAAGAAUACUACAUUGCAUGGUCCUUGGCAAUGUUUCGAUGGGACCUGUUGCCCAAGGGAAUUAGCCACAUGCAGCCAUGUACCAGAGAGAAUCUCAAGCUGCACAUGAAAACAAGGCAAUGUGAUUUGCAGAUCUUUCUUUUAAUUCACCUGUUGGACCACAGACUGACUUCUUAACCACCUCUAUAGCACCUUGAGUUUGCUGAGUCUUCAUGUCUUCAGGGAAUGACCUGUCUGGGUUGGCCUUAACCCUGUGAGAACAUCCCAUUCCUCUGAGAAGCAUUGUGCAGAAGUUCAUUUAUGUCACCCUCAGAGCUUUUUCUAUAGGGAAACGAAGGCAUUUUAGAAAGUAAAUAAGUGAGCAGAGGAAUUGCCGCGCUGGGUCGGGCCCACCUAUUCAGAAUUUUGCUUCCAGUGCAGACUUCCAGAUGCUUCCAGCAAGCCUAUUUCAAGGCAAUAGCACCCCUCUGUUGUUUGUUUAAGUCUCUUACGUGGACCUACGUGGCCCCUAAACCUGGAAGAACCAUUUAGUAUCUGAACCAGCGAGCAUUGCUAGGCCGCCGUAUCCACCAACUUGUUGACAUAAAUAUUUUUUAAAAACCUAAGCCAGAGGCAAAACUGCCAGUUGACUUAAUGGAAUUGACCUGCUGGCCACCUGAAAAGGAAGAACAGUUUUAUUUCUCUUGCCUUUUCCAACAGAGGAGAAAAAUGGGGACUCUCCCCACUCUUGAACAAUCCUUAUAUAGCUUUGUGCACUUUAACUAUUUAUUAUAACAGAAAAGGGACUGGCUGUUAGUAUUUGAACUGUUAUUUAGUCCUGUCGUGUUGAAAUCUAUUUCGUUGAAUGCCAUUUAACAGACUCAUCCAUCCUGAAAAAAUACUGUACAUAACAAUUUCUAAAGGUGAUGUUACAUAGAACAGAGAAAGAAACUUGGGGUGGGAAUGUGGGGCAGGAGCCUCAGUGAUAUUUAACACAAUGGAUUGAAUGCUCUUAUUUUGUGUUUCUUUUGGCGUGGCCAUAGGGCCUGCCCAAAAUGAAAUGAACGGAAUUGAUUUUGCAGAUUUAGGAUGAUUAACGACGGAAACAUGCAAAUCAGAAUCCAGAAGCAACAUUUGGGUUCCCAGCUGGGAGAAGAGAUUUCUUGGGGUAGCAGGAUCUGAAUUCUGGUAGAAUCAAAAGGAAAGUUGAGUUUCAGCCUGUGAGAUUCGCUGGUUUUAAUACAGAUAGAAGUUGUUUUAGCUUCAUUCUAAUAAGACCCUACGGGCACUUCUCUGCUAUUGUAGAUGUAGCGAAGAUUGGAGAAGAAUGGUUAAAAGAAAAGGUGGUACUUCGCCAAACACUUCAAAGAUUAUUUUCACUGCAAAAAGGUAAUUUCAGGAAGGGGAGAGAGAGGGUGUUCUUGGGGGGGCGGGGGAGUAUACACAAAUUUUUACACAAAUUUAUUUGCCGCUGUCACAGCAGACGAGGGUAAUGUGUUGAACCAGUGUCCUCUUCGUAGCAUGGCCCUCAGCCCUUUGGGCUGGGAAUGGUAGGAACUGAAGUGCAAUAGUCACGAACGGCUGGCUGGUUCGAUGCUUUUGUAGUGUCCCUCUGAGCGCAGAACGCAAUGCUUUUCUCAGCUCAGUGGCCACACUUAACUUUUUGUGGCAUUUAGGGCAGAAUAUACUCCAAUGUGUAGGUGGAUCCAGGAGAGAGGAGUGGAGGAGAGGAUGAGAAAAACUAAAAUUGAUUUCAUUUCACUGAACUUUCAAUCGAAUGAAACUAAACUAAAUACAGAGUUAGUAUGAUCAGCCCCCAAGUAUUAUAAUUUUCCACGUAGGAAAAGGUCUAAUUUGUCAUAAGCAUCUGGGCUACAUUGACAUACACUUGAUAUCAGUUAGCCCUACAGCUGCAUCCGCAUAAUAUAAAUCUGGUUAGUUUUAAUCUUAGUUGCUCCAUUGGCUUAGUGCGCUACAUAUACCCAGCUUCUGUUUCGGCAUAUUGUGCAAACCCAGAAAAUGGGUUAAUUAAGUAACCAAAAUAAGCAUGUUGCACAAGGCAGGCCUGCGAGGCUACGUUCAGCCCUUCCAGGGGCUGUUAGCAGGCAAAUUCCGUAGCAUUUUGCUAGAUGCAAAGAGGUAUCCCUGAUGACCCCUCUCUUGCUAUAGAUGUUACGAUACUCUGCCAGAUCUGCUCUGCAGAAAUCCAGAGGAUGAUUAGACGGCAAGAAAUGGUGGGGAUUCACUGCGCAUGGCCAAGCCCAGCCUUUCCUAACGGGUGUCAGCUCCCAGAAUUCUCUAGCUGGGUGAUCAUUGCUUAGAAUUGUGGGUGGUGAAAUCUUUGCCUCUGGAUUGGUAGAGGCUGAUCUAGAGAUUUCUUCCCUGUUGUGUUAUGUGUGGAAUUCCUUUUCUUCAAGUCCUCACUUAACAGCCACAAUUGGGACUGGCAGAAAACCCCAUGACGGUGCGGGCUUACGACCUCACUUCCCCUUCAGUCAUUAAGCGAAAUAUCACAUGACCAUGACUUAUGAUUUUACUUCUGCC